AUGGACGCGGAUGAAUUUCGGCGCAGUGGUGGCGAGAUGGUGGACUUUAUCGCGGAUUACUUGCAGAACAUCAGACAGCGACGCCCUCUCCCGGCCGUCAGCCCCGGGUACUUGAAAAAACUUAUCUCAGAAGAAGCGCCAUCGGAUGGAGAGAGCUGGGAGUCUGUCAAAGACGACAUUGAGAAAGUGAUCAUGCCAGGGGUGAGUAGUGCCCAUACUUUUAGAGAACCACUGUUAGCGUCAAGUCCUGCAUGCACUGAACUGGAGAUGAUAGCCUUAGACUGGUUGGGCAAAAUGUUGCGAUUACCCCAAGAUUUCCUCUUCUCUGGUGAGAGGCAGGGCGGAAGCAUCAUACUGGGAGGCGCCAGCGAGGCUAUUCUGAUUUCCCUUAUCUCUGCCAGGAAAGCAGCAAUUAACAAAUUGAGAUGUCUUGACCCUCAGCUGACCAACGGUCAAGCUCUGGACAAGCUAGUUGCGUAUACGUCAGAUCAGACCCACUGCUGUAUGGAGAAAUCCUGUCUGAUCGGCUUAGUAUCUUUGACCAUCCUUCCCAGCGACACCACAGGCGCGCUGAGUUGGGAGACCCUCGAGGCCGCCAUAUGCAGGGACCUGGCUCGGGGUCUCGUUCCUGUCUUUUUUUGUGCCACGAUCGGUACAACAUCCACUUGUGCAUUUGACAACCUGGCGGAGCUUGGUCCUGUUUGCAACAAGUACGGAGUCUGGAUGCACGUAGACGCCGCGUACGCCGGGAGUGCCUGUAUCUGUCCCGAGUUCCGCUAUCUUCUGGACGGCGUGGAGCACUGCACGUCAAUCAGUGUGAGCCCACACAAGUGGCUCCUCGUGAACUAUGACUGCACGGCCUUGUGGACACUGUCUCAUCCUCAGCACUGGCAGGUCAACAUGGGUCGCAGGUUUAGAUCUCUCAAGUUGUGGUUCGUUCUGCGUAUGUACGGAGUCAAGGGUCUACAGGAACGGAUCAGACAGGAUGUCCAUCUGGCAAAACAGUUCGCCCAGAUGGUAAAAGCCGACUCAAGGUUUGAGCUGAUUGGUGACGUCACUCUAGGUCUCGUCUGCUUCCGCCUCAAACACUGUAACUGCGUGAAUGAAGAACUCCACGAAAAACUGAAAAGCGACCGCCGGAUACACCUGAUUCCCUCAAGUUUCAAGGGCAAGUUUUUCCUGAGAUUUGUCAUCUGCCCCGCAAGUACCCAGCUACAGGAUGUGUCAUUUGCUUGGUCUGUCAUCAAUGAAAUCACUGACGGCAUUACACGGCACUGCGCAACUCGACGGGCAAAACCCCCUGGUUCAUGCGCCUGUAUCACUAUCAGACAUAGCUGA